CGGAUGCUUGUUUAUGAAUAUAUUGUAAAAGAAUUGACCUGCAUGUAAAGAAAAUAAGGUGGGGUAAAAUAUUUCAUCUGUUACAACAGAUAUUUCAUAAUAGACUCUUAAAACGGUUUUCUAUGAUGAGUUCUGACAAGCCGACCGAUGAGGGCGGUAACACAACAUGCAUGUGUGGUUUUAAACCUUCAUUAAGUUCAUUUACUCUUAGUGUUGAAUCAAGCAUGGAGCUCAAAGCAACUUGUGUUCUUCUUCUGCUCAUCUUGUUUGUCACCAUCUUUACCAGCACUGCAGAUGGGAUACCCAGAUGCUGUGUGACGGUUUCAAAGAAAAUCCGAAGAUCCGAUCUGCAAAAAGUUUCUAAAUAUGAUAUACAGAAAAAAAAUGGUCGCUGUGACAUUGAUGCAGUGAUAUUGUAUAUCAAACAGAAAAAAAUCUGUGCAGAUCCUAAAAUCCUGGGACGCUUGAAGAAAAUAAAAAAGAAGAAUAACCCCAAAAAGGCUUAAACACAAAGUAAUAAAAGCACACAGUACAGUCCAGCUGACACGGAUUGAUUGGCAUUAUUUUCUCUUUAUUAACUGCUUUUUUAUAGUUCUUAUAUCCAUUAUAGACUGCAGUAUCUAUGUUAUUUGUGUGUAAUGUAUAUGUUUCGUAUGUUCCUGUUGUUCAUUUAAAAGCCUCUUGUACUUAACAGAAAUCAAUAUGUAAUGAUAAUAAUUUUAGCUGAAUGUAAACAAAACUAUAAAGAGAAAAAAGACUCUAAAGCAUUCAUGUGAUGCAUGAAUUUAUUAAUGAUCAUUUUGUAAGUGUGAAAAGGAUUUUUGUCUUUAAAAGUGCAAACAUGUAAAUUACACAUCUUAAAUAAAAUGUAUAAUGUUAUUCUUA